UACCACCUCUGGUUUCGACAUUCUUAGUGCCCAUGUUGUGAACUGAAUUCGUCGAAUACACUUGGUUUUCAAAGGAGAUUAUCGUAAAACAAGCUUGUAGCAGGACUGUUCUAGUGGACGUUUAGGUGGUGACAGAGAGAGAUAUUGGUUUUUCUGAAGAUGGCAGUGUCUACAAUGUUGAGCCGAGCUAGUUGUCUUGGAACCAUUGCAGGGGUUCCGUCGUUGAAAGUUUCGAAGCUGAAGAAUGCCAACGCUGCGUUCCUCGGAGGACUGAGGGUGAAGACCCCGGGGUUGAACCAGGAACGACGAAACUUGGUCGUAUUUGCGAAGCAAACUGAUGACACUCCACUUCCCGGAACGAAGCGUGAGCCAGAGAAGAAGGAUGAUCCGCUCCGUAUCUUCGAGGGCUCUCCCGUGGAGAAAUUCUACCGCCCCGAGGAGGAGCGCCGCCCAGAGGACGGUAACACCAGCACCAGUAGCCUGAUGAAGUUCGACGGCCCCGCGCCCGAAACCAUCAACAGCCGUCUGGCCAUGCUCGGCAUUACCUGGGCCUUGGUCGCGGAAAUCCUGACUGGGCAGAGUGUGUGGGAGCAAGUCACCGAGGGCCGGGGCUUGAUCUGGUUCCUGUUUGUGGCGCCCAUCAUCAUCGGAGCCACAUUGAUCCCCAUGUACAACAAGGAAUCUCCUGACAGCCGAGAGAGCGGCCCCUUCAACGCGCAAAACGAGCGAUGGAACGGGCGCGCGGCCAUGAUCGGGCUCGUGGCGCUGCUCGUCACUGAGAACAUCUACCUCAAGGGCCCGUUGCUCGGCUUCAUCCACAACUCUCUCAACUUGUAAGCUACGCGUUUGUAACAAACCCCAGUGUGUAUAUUUCCGUAGCGAGUGUACAUGAAGCGAAACCCCAUGACCAAAUACUGUACUCAAUAUCUAGAAGUAUGAUAUUUUAGAAACUAGCACGUUGCGGAGACGAGCCUGAACCUCAAAUUGUGCAACACCUGCUAGCAGAUUUACAAUAAGAAAGUGUAACACUUGAACUCCUCCAUCUGA